UUGCCAGACAUCACUCGUAUCUCACUUCCUUUCUCUUUCUCUCUCCCACACUCCCACACUCCACACACACUCUCACACGGGGCAGUGAGAAGGGACUCCGCAAGCAGCAAGGGUCAGACUAGCAUUCCACUUCUCCACCUGCAAACAUGAGUUACUCCGGCGACGUCUACUCCAGCAGUUCCUAUCGGAAGAUCUUCGGGGAUGCGCCCCGGAGCUCCGGCCGCAUGUCGGUGGGCAGCAGCCCCUCUCGCCUGUCCGGUGGAUACCGCUCCAGCGGCUCACACCGCAACUAUAGCUCCCCAUCCAUGGUCACAUCCUCCGGCUACCGCAAGGCGGGUGCCGGGCGCAACUUUCACUCCUCCAUGCCCGACUCCAUGGACUUGACCCAGUCCACGGCCGUCACCAACGAGAUGAAAAUCAUCCGCACCAACGAGAAGGAGCAGCUCCAGGGCUUGAACGACCGCUUCGUCUCCUUCAUUGAGAAGGUCCACAACCUGGAGCAGCAGAACAAGGUUCUGGAAGCCGAGGUGACUCUACUGCGCCAACGCCACACAGAGCCCUCCCGUCUGCACGACUUGUACGAGCAGGAGAUCCGGGAGCUGAGGGCGCGGGUCGAGGAGCUGACGCACGAAAAGAGCCAGAUGCACCUGGACUGCGUGCAGAUGAAUGAGAUGCUGGACCGCGUGAAGGAGAAGCUGGACGAGGAGACGAGGCUCCGCGAGGAGGCGGAGGGCACCCUGAAGAGCUACCGUAAGGACGUGGAUGACGCCACGAUGUCCCGACUCGAGCUGGAGAAGAAAGUCGAGUCACUGCUGGAUGAGAUCGCCUUCCUCAGGAAAGUGCACGAGGAGGAGCAGCAAGAGCUGCAGGCUUCCCUGCAAGCCACACAGGUUUCAGUGGAGAUGGACAUGAGGGAUGGUAAACCCGACCUGGCCGUGGCCCUGAAGGACAUCCGUGCCCAGUACGAGGUCCUGUCAGCCAAGAAUCAGAACCAGGCCGAGGAGUGGUACCGCUCUAAGUUUGCCAGUGUGAACGAGGCGGCCUCCCGCAACCAGGACCAGGUGAAGCAUAGCAGGGAGGAGCUAAAUGAGUAUCGCAGGCAGGUGCAGGCCCGCAGCCUGGAGAUCGAGGCUCUCAGGGGCCACAACGAGGCCCUGGAGAGGCAGAUGGCUGAGAUGGAGGACCGCCAUAGCAACGAGAUGGGAGAGAUGCAGGAGACCAUCCAGGAGCUUGAGUCUGCCCUCCGCAGCACCAAGGGGGAGAUGUCCCGUCACUUGCGUGACUACCAGGACCUGUUGAAUGUCAAGAUGGCCCUGGACAUUGAGAUCGCUGCUUACAGGAAGCUGCUGGAAGGUGAAGAGUGCCGUCUGAGUACAGUUGGCGGAAAUAUCUUGCAGUCAGGUUACUCUGGCUUCUCCUAUUCGUCCAGCCGCUCCUACGCCCUGGGUUCCUCCGCCCCUUACAGGAUGAGGGGAGCCAAGCCUGAGGAACCAGAGAAGGAGGAGGAUGAGGAAGAGAAGGAGGAAGAGGAGAACGAGGAAGAAGGAGAGGAGGGAGGGGAUGGAGAGGAGAAUGCGGUGGAGAAUGGAGAGGGAGAUGAGGAGGAAGAUGAGGAAGAGGAGGAUGACGUUCAGAAGAAGAAGGAAGAGAAGGGGGGUGCUCCCAGCAAGAGCACCAAGAGCUAAACUGCUUGUGUCAUCGAUCAUCAAUGCCUUUCGCCCUACUACAGUCCACUCAUUCACUCAUAUGGAUCCCUUCCCUGUCACCUCAUUUCUGAUCACAAGGACAAACACGCACAUACACUUAACGUACUCACGCCAGAUGCCUCACACACACGUACCUUCUCCUCUCGUUCUCUGGGUAUCAAUUAUCAGCUGUGUGGUGGUAAACAGAAAGACAGACAACGCAGAGAGGUGUAUUACCCUGCCAGAAGAUAAACCUGUAGCUACAUUUUCUCAGGAUUCUAUGUCACGGUUUUACUCCAUAGAUGAUGGUUACCACAGGGAGCAGAGAGAAGGUGGUCAACAUUACAGUAUUAAGCCAGUCAGUCAGCAAGAGAAUGCCUUAAAGCAAGUAUGAUGUCAGAUUAAGAAGUCAGGGAUGAUGUCGCCCAGUAAGGUCCCGUCUUUAUGUACCAUUAAUGAUAUGAGAUGUGGUUAUUAAGAGCAAUUCAAUUGUAAUCUUGAAAGUAAUAGUACGAUACUGGUAGUAGCACACAGACUAUGCCUACUAUAUGCACAGAGGUCUAGAGCAUAGAGCUUUACUAACGUUUACCAGUCCAACAUUUAAGGUGCUUUUUGAAGAAAGACAUUUUAAAAAGUUGGAAACAUCUAAGGUAAUUUGAUUGUAGAAAAUGCUCUUUAAACCUUUUCAUGAAUGUUAGCGUAUAAUAUUGGGCACACAGAAUCCAGAACAUGCCCAUCGGUGCAAUACCGUAUUCUGAGCUGAAGAUACAAACUGGCACACUGAAUGCUCCUCCCUCCUCUCUUUUUCAUUCACAGGAGAAAGAUAUAGAAUGUUCUGUCCAUUGACCCACUUUCUUUUCCAUCACUUUUCAUCACCAGAAAAGUAAAUAUUUCACCACUCACCUUCCCCCCUCUCUCUGUCACUGCGAAUGUCAUAGCACGGCAAAAUGACAACAUGGAUUCUAGAAAACAGUACAUGAAAUCAUAGCAUUUAUUUGGGAGGGUUCUAAUUUCAAAGAUAGGAGAUAAGUGCAUUGUGCAGUACCUCUUCUGUGUUCAGAAGGACACCUUUCAGGAAUGAAAAAUGUAGAGUUUUAAAAUGCUGCUAUUUAUCACACUAUACCCUUAUAUUUGAUGUUGAAAUACCCUCUCUUGAUUGAUUCAUUUGUCACUGAAUGGAUAUGCCCUCAAAGUAAGAUAAGUCUCUAAACCUGAGGUAAAUGUCUCUCCUAGUCCCUUCCUUUCCUCAGAGCAGUCUAAGUCUUGUUUGUUUACUAUCUGCGGUCGUUUAGUGCUCUGUACCCUACGACCUUCUGGCUGGUGGUUUGAGUGGUAGAGUGUGUGUUGUUAAGUCCCAAAUGGUACCCUAUUCUGUAUUUUCUGCACUACUUUUGAUCAGAGCCCAUCGGGAUGCUGCCUGUGUUUGCUUCUAGCAGUGUGCUCUGCUCCAGACAGUUAAGAGGCCUGUGGCUGCUGUGAAGGACAGCUGGAGGUGACAAUGAGUGAGAGACAGCCCUCCACUCUGACUGCAUCACAGGCGGCCGGCCGGUGGCACCUUAAUUGGGGAGUACGGUCUCAUAGUAAUCGCUGGAAUGGAAUGGUAUCAAACACACCAAACAC